GACUUGUCAGUCAUAUCUGUAACCUGUUAACUGAAACUGCAACACUGUGCUUGGAUGUGGACAAUAAAAGCAACAAUGAGACAGCUGCUGCACUGCUGUUUUCCCUCCUGGAUAUUCUGCAUGGCAUGCUGACCUACACAUCCAGCAUUGUAAGGCUGGCUCUGCAGGCACAGAAGUCUGGAUCAGGAGGGGACACCCAGGCUGCAGAAGACCUGCUGCUGCUCAGCAAACCUCUGACAGACCUCAUCAGCCUGCUCAUUCCACUGCUUCCUAAUGAAGAUCCUGAAAUUUUUGAGGUUUCGUCCAAAUGUCUGUCUAUAUUGGUUCAGCUAUAUGGAGGGGAAAACCCAGAUAGCCUGACUCCUGAAAAUGCAGAAAGCUUUGCUGAAUUACUUACAUCAAAGAAGGACCCCAAGGAGCAGAAGCUUCUACUGAGGAUUCUUAGAAGAAUGGUCGCCUCCAAUGAGAAGCACCUGGAGAGCCUCAAGAGUUCAAGCUGCUUCCUGCAGGCUCUGGAGCAGCUGGCCCAUGCAGAUAGUUUGUCUGCCGACAGUGCAGUGACUUCCUUGGCCCUGGAAAUCCUCAAUGCCAUUUGCACUAAGUGA